AUGGACUGCCCUGAGGCGCUGUACCAUCUCAUGAUGGAUUGUUGGCAGCGCGAACGCACAAACCGACCCAAGUUUGACGAGAUAGUCUGCCUGCUGGACAAGUUCAUCCGCAACCCCAGUUCAUUAAAGAAGCUGGUCAAUUCAUCACACAGGGUGUCCAACCUGUUAGUGGAGCAUGCCAGUGUAGAAGGGGGCUGUUCGAGCAGGACGGUGGGGGACUGGCUGGAUUCUAUAAAAAUGGGGCGAUACACUGAGCUCUUCGAGGAGGGAGGCUACUCAUCACUGGAGACUGUGGCCCAGAUGACUUCUGAGGAUUUACGACGGGUCGGGGUGAACCUUGCCGGGCAUCAGAAGAAAAUCAUCACAAGCAUCCAAGAAAUGAGAGUCCAUAUGAACAGUGCCAGCUCCACUGUGAAGAUCUGCCCAUAG